AUGGGAUUUGUUCUACAUUGUAUUUUAGCGCUUUUCAACCUACACGUUGUUCUCUAUGCACACGGAAAUGCAUGCAGUGAGACUUUUGUUGUUUGUGAGCGUGAAACGGAUGACAUAGACUGCGGUGAUGGGGCCAUCAACAUUUGUACGGCUGUCUACGGGCGAACAAAUCCCAGUACCUGCGUUGAGGCUAGCAAGACGGAUUGUAUUUUGGACGUUUCCAGUGAACCUGACCUAGCAUCCUGCAAUGGUCAGCAGCAGUGUACCGUUUAUGCUUCCAAUUCAUUAUUUGGAGACCCGUGUCCAGGAACUGUGAAAUAUCUAGAAAUCACAUAUUCAUGUCAAGGAGAUACAACAUCACAGGAGGAAACGACAACGGCAACAACAUCACAGGAGGAAACGACAACGGCAACAACAUCACAGGAGGAAACGACAACGGCAACAACAUCACAGGAGGAAACGACAACACAGCCCUCAACACCACAGGAGGAAACGACAACACAGCCCUCAACACCACAACCACAACAAACGACAACGCAGCUCUCAACAACAUUGCAACAACAAACGACAAUACGUACCACGGAAAAAAAGCAAGUACCAACAACAACGCUAUCUACGACGACGCCCCAAACAACGAGAGUGCAAACUCCGACAACAUUGCCAUCAGGACCCAUCAAACAAUCUAUAACAUACCGACUGCUUGCCAACAAUGCCGCCCUCAGCGCUUCGUACUCGUCCAACAGAGUGACGUCAUUCAUCAUGUGCAGUCAAAUGUGCUUGGGUGACGCCUCAUGCAGGAGUUUCACAUACAUUGGAGAGACGGGGGUGUGCUUGCUGGGCCAAGGAUUAACCGUUGAAGUACACCAGGGGGCUAAAUCAUAUACAAGCUAGGUUAACUUUAGCUUAGUGGUUGGUCAUGCGGUAGAUACGUACAUAUAAUUUUUAUGCAGUUAUGGGAACCUGCAAAAUAUAAUAAUUUUCGAAUACAAAAGGGCUGAGGGCAGCACACUUGUAUAUUCAUCAUCACUGAUUGACACACGGGACACAGUAUUAGAUUAGACAGUCUUAGUAUCUUCGUCUUUCGUUAAAGAGGUGGCUUCGUUACAAUUUCAUCACUUUGAUCUGGCAUUUUGUUUUUAAUCAUAUUUCCUCUCAAUGUAUGUUUUAUUUAGUUUGAAAUAGCACAAGGUAGCAUUAGUUAUUCAAUUUACUAAUUAACACAUUUACGUUUACAAAGAUAAUCCACAUGAAAUAAAGAACUACAGGCCCGUAUUGACCCUUCCUACUAUAACCAACAUUCGUGAAGAUUUUUUUUUUAACAACAGGUUGUAUACAUUUUUGAAUAACCAUGAAAUAUUUAAUUUAAAUCAAUAUGGUUUCAGAAAAUCGAAUUCAACUGACCUAGCUUUGAUUCAACAACAUUACAAAAUAUUAAAUGCAAGAGUCAAUAAAUAACAUUCAAUGGGGAUUUGUAUUGAUUUGUCAAAAGCAUUUGAUACGCUAUGUCACUUUAUUUUGCUUUAAAAGCUUCAAGUUUAUGGAAUUCGAAGAGUUGCUUUCUCAUAGUUUAGACAUUACAUAUUAUUCCGGCAGCAGUACGUGGUUCAUAAUGGAUUUUCAUCGGAAUAUCUUACGAUUAAAUGUGGAGUCCCACAAGGAUCAAUUUUAGCCCCCCUUCUUUUCUUAUUGCAUAUUAAUGAUACUGUGUAGCCAAUGCAUCAUUCCUUUUAUCAUUUAUACUAUGUGCUGACGUCACCAAUUGUUUUGUUCUCAUGAGAAUCUGGAUGCCCUUAUUCACACACUCAAUUUAGAUAUACCCAAAGUAUCAAACUAGUUUAAAACUAAUAAACCAUCUCUUGAUAUUAAUAAAACGAACUUCAUACUCUUUAGACCUGCUAAUGCCCAUACCCCAGAUUUUCCUUAUUAUACUGUAAUUGAUAAUAUAGCCUUAAAACAUAAUAAAUGUACACAGAUUUUAGGUACCCUUAUGAGGAAAAUCUGAGCAGGAAUGAACACGUACGACAUUAUGAUUACAUGUAUUUCUAGUGUGUGUGUGUGUGUGU